GCAUAGGGCGAUUUCUGUGACAUUCAGUAUUCGGAUGAAGGGAUCGGCUGAGGACGUCUUCGUCUUUGAUUAUGAAAGAGAUAUCCAUCUCACACCUUGUUUAACGCGAGAGAUGUUAUCUAUCCUUCAGGAGGAAGCAAUUGCUCUUGAG